GGCAAAUUGUUCUAGAUACCUAUUCCAAGGUCACCGUUUUCUUAUCGGGAUUAAGAUUUUUUAUAUGGUUGAUGGGAAAUUUUUGGUUUUGUGCGUUGAUAAUUCAGUUUUCAAAACAAAUUUAAAUGAAUUGGAUCAAUGUAUUCAGAGAAAAGUUCAGGGGUUCGAUGCUCAUGAUUCAUGAGGCAUUUAUCCCAAAGGGAAUUUUCGGUAAAUUUUAACAAGAAACCCCACGGUGUUACAAAAUUCCUUGGAAAUAUUCGAAAAAACCCGAGAUUCUUCCAAACAUUUCGGGGAAUGUACCGAGGCCUGGGAAAGUUUUGUGUCAUUUCCUCAAAUUUUUCUAUAACGGUUUACCCAAAAUUUUCGCAAACUGGACAAAAAUUUCCCAAAAGUAGAGAGAGUGAGAUAACUGUCAGAAAUGUAUCCGAAGCUUCUAUUUUCAACUCGCCCUACCUAUGAGCGGGAGUUAGAACGCAAUAGCCUCACCUGUCAAAUUGAGUAUAUUUUUGUAACAAGCGAAAGAUCAGACAAAAAUAAAAGAAGACAUAUUCAUAUGAACUAUAUUGGCAGAUGUCAGCUCUGUUCACGGUUGUUCUAUUAGGUACAUAUGACAGGCCGAAUGUAUGAUGAAACAUUCACAAUUGCUGUCUAAUAUUUAAAAGUGCAACAGAGUUAUGAGCUCAGAAGAAAUACUCGAUUCUUUUCGAACUGCGAUUUCCACAUCUGACAUAGAAAAGGUUAAAUCUCUCCUUUCAGAGGAUAGGUCACUAAUUAACUCCCAUGACAAAGAGGGCUUGUCUCCACUGCAAUUGGCUUGUUUCCGGGGUAAACUUCCGAUCGUUGAGUUUCUUCUCAAAUACGGAGCAAAUGUAAAUUCUUCCCACAAACAGGGUUAUACUGCCCUAAUGUUUGCUGCUCUUUCAGGGAAUAUUGAGGUUGUUGAGCUUCUUCUCCAUUAUGGGGCUCGAAUAAAUGAUGUUAACAGUAUUGGGAAGACUGCUUCUCAAAUGGCCGCAUUUGUGGGAAAUCAUAACGUCGUCACUCUUAUUAAUAACUAUCUGGAAAGAGAAGAAAUAGCCAUUUAUGUGUCGAAGUCCCGAUUGCUACCUGAACAUAUAUCUGCGAUUCACCAACUAGUUUUGCAGCUAAAUAUUUCACCUAUUAAAGUCUUUCUGCUACUGAACAAUGAGAUCGAAACCUGUAGUCGCUCGGGAGAAAAUUACGAGAAGUGUAUGUUGACUCAUUGGCGUUGCAUCCAUACUAUUUUUGAAGAUCUAUGCAACAAAUAUUUCACACCUCAUUUAACACACGAACCAUUAUCCUUAAAAUUUCAUUUAUUGGCCUGUUGUAUACACCAAGCCGGAGAAUAUUACGAUAAAGAGCCGAAAACUACAGAUGUUCAAGAUCAUGCUUUUUCACCAUUAAAGCAACUGAUUAGGAAAUUCUUAGUCGGUACAGAGCCCUAUGGUUUGCCGUUAGGUCAAGAGCAAUUCUUACGACAGUCCUUGACUUCGUUCCCCCAUCAUCAAUCGACCUUAUGGAGACAUAUUGUCCAACAAAUAUCCCCACUACAUUUAGGCCAUAUGCCAACAGCGUUGUCCGUUCUUACAAAAACAAUCAACGGUACUAUCAUGUAUAAUGCUCGUCCUCUUGAACUAUGCGCAACAUGUGGAGAUGGUCCUGAACUAGGAAUACCAGGGAAGUUGAAAGCAUGUCAGCAAUGCAAAAUUACUUCCUACUGUUCAGUCUCUUGUCAACGUUUACACUGGUUUACACAUAAGAAAUUUUGUCCAGUUAUUAAAAAACAUAAAAAAGAAUUUGAAUUUGCCAAGUGAAGCAUAAAUGACAUUGCAAUUUGUGAUACAUACACUAACUUUUAUUCUACUUUACAACGGAUUUGUUGUUCAUAUGUAAUUUAGAAUAAUUUAUUAAUAAUAAAGCUUCUAAUCG